GCUAGACUUGGUAUGCGAUAACAGCUGGUGGCCUUCCACCUCCACGACCUUCUUUUACGUGGGCAGCCUGUUCGGGAACGUGGUGUUCGGCUGGAUCGCCGAUAAAUGGGGAAGAAGGACCGCUUUCUUCGCCAUACUCUUCCUCGAGGUGAUAUUCUCGAUCGCCACCAGCUUCAGCCCCAACUACGUCAUCUACACGGCGCUCAGGACCGUCAACGGUCUAUUCUUUCCCGCCAUCUACCAGAUACCUUUCAUAUUGGCGUUGGAGAUGAUGGGUCCGAGGUACAGGACGUUCGCGGGCAUGGUGAUCUGCAUGUUCUUCGCGUCGGCGCUGUCCCUGCUGGCCCUACUGGGUUACCUGUUGCGGCACUGGUUCGCCCUGUCGCUGGCGACUUCGGUGCCGUUCGUCCUCCUGUUCAGCUACUACUGGAUCAUCCCGGAGUCGCCGCGGUGGCUGCUCAGCAAGAACAGGAUCGACGAGGCGGAGGUGAUCGUGCAGCGCAUGGCCAAGAUCAACGGGAAAACGGUGCCGAGCAAUUUCUUGAGGAAAAUGGAGCUGGAGAUCCUCAGGAGGCAGGGGAUCUCUUGCAACGGCACCAAUUCGGGCGAGACCGAGACGGUCCAGGCCGAGGACAGGUCGCCCCCGCCGGCGGCCACGCCGAUGGACCUGGUCAGGAACCCGAACAUCCGCAAGAAGUUCUUCAUCCUGGCGUUCGACUGGGUGGCGAACGCGGUCGUCUACAACGGCCUCUCGUACAACGCCACGAACCUCGGGGUCUCCGACUACCUCGCCUUCUUUAUCGGCGGCCUCGUGGAAAUACCCUCGUACGUGAUCACCUGGUACGCGAUGGACAGGCUAGGCAGGAGAUGGGUGCUGUGCUUGACCAUGCUGCUGGGCGGGUUGGCUUGCGUCUCCUGCAUGUUCGUCCCCGAAGACGCCGUCUGGGUGACGGUCAGCCUGGCGAUGAUCGGCAAGUUCGGGAUCGCAGCCUCGUUCGCCGUCUUCUACGUGUUCGUCGGCGAGCUGCUGCCGACGGUGCUGCGCUCGCAGGCGAUGGGCAUCGCCUCGUUCAUCGCGGGCAUCGGUCUGCUCGCGUUCCCGUACAUCGUGCACCUGGCCGUCUACUCGAGGGUCCUGCCGCUGAUCAUCAUGGGCACGCUGAGCGUCGCCGGCGCGCUCACCUCCAUCUUCCUACCGGAGACGCUGAACAUCCACCUGCCGCAGACGAUCGAGGAGGGCGAGCUGUUCGGGGCCGACUUUAAGCUCUGGUCCUGCCCGACGUUGCCAAGGAAGCGGAGGAAUCCCGAGGAGAAGCGGGAAGCGUUGCCGCUGAGGUGUUCGGCGAACGGCCGGCCCGGCAGUCGGUCCUCGGCGUCCAAAUCCCAGGAGGACGAGGCCGACCGGCAGUCCGCGAGCUCCGGGUCCGAUCAGCCGAGGCCCGAGGAGAGCAGAGAGGCCGCGGAACCAGAGGAGCUAGGCCAGAUCACGACCACGGAGGUCGUCGUCGAGCCGAAGAGGACGCAAUGAACUUCCGUUGUAACAUAAUUACUACCGGUGCGCGUCCGUCGCGAGGUUUCCGCGCCGCGACUCUUCGAAGCUCGACGACCGUCGCACCGUUAACGUGCAACAGGGUAUACGCGUC